UAUACAUACAGUAAUCUGUGGAUAAAAAAGAGAAUAUCAAUAAUCAAUAUUCAAUAGUUAUUUUUAAAUUUUAAUAAAGUUUAAAGCUAUAAAAAACAGGAAUGGCCUUUGGUGAAGUUUGUAGAAUUUGUUUAAGCGUUAAUGUACGAAUGUUUAUACUAACGAAGACUGACCUCCAAAAUUUGUAUAAGACAUUGACGAACAUUUUUAUGGAUGAGAAUGAGGAGCCGAUAAUUGUCUGUUUCAUAUGUCAUGCAAGACUCAUUUGUUGCAGAAGAUUACAACAACAGGCUAUCGAGUCAAAUGCAGUUCUGGAGCAGUUGUUUGCAGGAGGGUCCAUGCCGAUACCAAAACCACAUCAGGCCAGAGAUGAGAUUCAAUUCACACCAAUAUGUCAUAUUGAUAUCAGGCCAGUAGAGACAGAUGAUAUAGAAAGUGAUUGUAAGGACGAAAUAUUUAGCCUGGAUAUCAUUAAAGUUGAGGAAGAGUAUAUCGAAAAUGGGAAUUCCAAAUUUGAAGAAAAUGGGAAUCAAGAAACAGAUUCAAACAUCAAACCGACAAAUAAUUUCACAAACUCGUCUGAGAGAACUAUUAAAUCAAAGUCUGAUACAGAUUGUAACAUAAACGAUGUUCGUAAAGGAAACCUCGAUUUUGGAAGCCCUACUAUUGAUUCAAACCCUAAAGUGGAAAAAGAUAAUCAAUCAAUUAAUAAAAAAGGAAAGCAUCCUGCAAAGAUUAUGAAAAAGAAAAUUUUGAAACACAAUAGUGUCAAUAAUUUACUUACGAAAAAAACAAGUCGUCAUUGUAGCAAAAAUAUUUCAACGAAAGAAAUUCUCGCCAAACACAUUUCAUACAGUCAUGACACGCAAAAGAACUCUGACACCAUUGCAGUUCGUACACAAGUUGAACAAACUCCAGUACCACAAUUAACGGAAAUAUUUAAAUGUGAUAUUUGCGAAUUUAAAACAUCUCAAAAGCGUUGCAUUUUGGCACACUUUAAAGUUCACGCCGCUAAAAAUGUGUACUGUUGUAAUAAUUGUGAUUAUAAAAGUACAAAAAAAAGCAAUUUGAUAUACCAUAUAAAAAUACACACAGGAGAAAAAUCUUUUUCGUGUAAUAUUUGCGAAUAUAAAUCAAUUCGAAAAGGUAAUUUGCAAACACAUAUGAGAAUACACACGGGAGAAAAAUAUUUUUCAUGUAGUGUUUGCAAAUAUAAAUGUAUUCAAAAAAAUAAUUUGCAAUCACAUAUGAGAAUACACACCGGAGAAAAACCUUUUUCAUGUAACAUCUGUGAAUAUAAAUGUAUUACAAAAAGUGAUUUAAAAAGACAUAUCAAAAUACAUACCGGAGAAAAACCUUUUUCAUGUAAUAUUUGUCAAUAUAAAUGUAUUACAAAAAGUGGUUUGCAAAUGCAUAUAAAAAUACAUACCGGAGAAAAACCUUUUUCGUGUAAUAUCUGUGAUUAUAAAUGUAUUACAAAAGGUAAUUUGCAAACACAUAUAAAAAUACACACUGAACAAAAACUUUUUUCAUGUAAUAUUUGUCAAUAUAAAUGUAUUACAAAAAGUAUUUUGCAAAGGCACCUCAAAAUACACACUGGAGCAAAACCUUUUUCGUGAGAUAUCUGGUAAAAUAUGUACAAUAUUAUGUAAAUGUGUUUUAUAUAAAUAUAAAAGUAUACUUGUU